AUGCCUUCAUUCAGCAAGCUUCUUCAGGCAACUGGCUGCAUUACUUUGGAGAACUCGUGCCAUGAAUUAACUCAUCCCUGGAAUCCCUCAUGCCUCGGGGCAAUCAAAGAGAUUCUCCCUCAUGGUCUUCAAUGUUCUUUUAAAACUUAUGCAACAUUUUAUGGUCUGACCUGUUUGCUAAAAAUAGCAAGAGGAAAGAAAAUACACCGACGAGAAUUGAUCAAGGACAUUUUGAGAUCCACGGUGUUCUUGACUACGAAUUUCUUGGCAUUCGUUUAUGCCUCUUGUUUGUUGAGGUACUGUUUUCAUUUCUAAUUGUAAUGAUGGCUACUGUUUAGGGUUAAAAGUAAUGUUAAAUCUUAUUUCAGAAGGCUUUUUGGCUGUUAUUUUUCCUCAUCCUAUUAUAUCGCAGCCACCAUUGGCUCGUUUCUGGCGAUUAUCCAAGAGACAGAGCGUCGACGGCCCGCUUUGGCUUUGUAUCUGACCAAUUUAGUAAGCUAAAACACUGUAACAAAAGGCAGCCCCGUAUUUUUUUACAGGGUGCGGCAAUUUUUCGGCCGGAUUUGAAUUGGCUAUAACUUUUUUAGUUUUUAUCCGAAUGUUAAAAUUCUUUUUUUCCCUGAAUCCAUAGACAACCCCAUUUUGUUUGAUACCAAAUAUGUUAUAUAUACAGGGACCUAGUUCAUAGUUAUUGGCCUUUCGGUCGUUUUCUCUGCUUUUUCGGCGUGUGUGAAAAUCGCCAGAAAAAAUGACUUUUUUUUAAGAAUUUUGUCGUAAAAAGUUUCAUACAUGUUCAUGCCAUGGAGAAUACCGUUUCCACAAAAAAUCAGCUAUCUCCGCACAAAACUAGCGAAGAUAUAGCCAAAAAGUUUUUCUGUGUGACCACUCAUGUGUCCUCCUGACCGCAACGAAUCGUUGAAUAUCUUGGUCGCCCCUGAAAGGUGCGGGCUGAAACUUUCAGGAAUUGAUGUGUGGCCUAUGUCCGGCCCAUCUGCAAAACUUAAAGAAAAUCUGAGAGUCGCACUAGGGGUAUUUCCAUUGUCAGCUAUGAAAAUUAGAGCUUUUUCUUUGUCUCGCAUGUUUACUGUAGUCUAAUGAACGGGUAUAACAUAUUUGGUAUUAAACAAAAUGGGGUUGUCUAUGGAUUCAGGGAAAAAAAAGAAUUUUAACAUUUGCCCAAAAACUGAAAAAGUUAUGGCCAAUUAAAAUCCGGCCGAAAAAUUGCCGCACCCUGUAAAUUACUAAUUGCAAUGUCCAUUUUCAGGCCUCGGAAUCUGUCUUCUACCAAAUGAAAAAUCGUGGAUAUGUUAAAGAAGUUCCUAACGGCUUAACGAUAAUGUUUUCCAUUGGACUUGGAGUUCUAUCAUAUUUCAAGUCUAAAGGAAUCAAAUCGGAUAUCCACGGGCUAAUCAACUUGACUCAUUCUCUCGGGAACGGAGAGAAGAUUCCGUAUUAUAAAAAGCUACCCGAAGUUAUGAAAAACGCCAUAGAAACAGUUAGAAGUAAACUGUCAAAGGGUGAUAGGUGUAAUCAUCAACAUAGCUGUGCUGCUAAUGUUUUGGAGGUAAGAAAUCGAAACCAUACUUUAGCCUAUUCUAUCUUCUAGUCAUCUGUCGUCAAUUUUGGAUACGGACUCUCUGCUACGGUCAUCAUUGCGUUAAUCAAAAACGUGAACUCCCCCAGAAAGCUUGUCCAAUCUUUGAUGAAAAGUGAAACCUUGUCGUUACCAAUAUUUACCGCGUUAAUGCCUGGUAUAUAUCAUGUAAGUAUGUUCUAACAAAACUUAACAAAAACAAACUUUCAGACAGUAAACUGCCUCUUAAAACGAUUGCCACUCCUCUCCGACACCUUCACAGAAACCGCAGCUGGCCUUGCCUCUGGAGCGGCAAUGCUGGCUUGGCCUAAUCUAACAAUCUCUAUGUAUAUUCUAUGGAAGGCAAUUGAGGUAAGACUUCGUUCUACCUCAUAGACCGUCCCUAAACAUUUAGCGUGUCUAUCAUCUGGCGGCGGACAAAGGCUACGCUCCGAGAUUCAAAUACGGAGAAAUUAUUUUGUAUUCCAUUGUAACCGGCUAUAUUGUGGGCAAUUGUAUAGUUGAACCACAUGCUAUACGAAAAGGCUACUACUUCAAUUUCAUCAGAGGGCUUUCUGAUAAUCAGUAAGUUUUUUGAAGGCUUUUGGACAUGAAAUUUCAUAUUGUUUAGCUUCGACUACGUAGAUCGGAAACUUUUGCUCCCAUUUGGUUUUGAUUCGGAUAAAUUGUAUCGAGAGGGCACAAUCCUGGUAAAACCGAUGUCCAAGAUGACUAACUCGGCAUUUUAG